UCUCCCUUUUCAAACCUGGUUUUUGUGGGAGGAGGAGAUGCAAAUCUAAAUGACAAAGGGAUUAAAUGCCCUGGCUUGCUAAACAAACAAUAUUGGCCUUGCAAGAAGCCCUGCUCUCUCUCCCCCCCACCUUCAAGUCUCCGCCUCCCAAGGAAAAGAAGUCCAAGGAGCUACGAAGGUUCCACGCUGAACUAGCCUUGGCUUUUUCCUUUGGUUUUGGUCUCCUAUUUGCAGUUGACCAACAGUGAUGGACUCUUCUGUUGUAAGCCACCAAGCAAGACUACUAGCCGACAAACUGGUCUUUCACAGAGGCUCCAUAAAACCUAGAAGAGGAGCUCUGCAAAUUCCUGUUGGCUUGGUGACCAUUUCCAAAAGAUUGAUGUGGCCAAUAGUCUUGGCUGUCGUUCCUUUAGUUGCCAGCACCACUGCGUUCAACGAAAGCCAUUUGGCUGCAUCUUACCAAACUCUACCCGACAGAAGACCAAGUUCUCCAACACCUUUCUCAUUCCAGAAGUCCACGAAUGUGACCAGUUUGAAUAAUGGAUCUAUCAAAGGCUAUCCUCGUUGGCAGGCUAUGAGUAAUACUAACCACAGUUCUACUGUGGUCACCUAUACUGGCUAUCUUGGUAACCUAUAUAGGAAGAAAGAAGUAUCUUACCUAACUCCUACAAGUCAUGAGACUCUGGGCAGUAGAUCUCAAGUUACAACAUCUGGGACCAUGGAUUCAGAGAUGAAAGGUCUCCAUUCAAGUAGUGGAGCAAUAUUUCACAGUUCUACCAAUAUUUUAUCUGACUCUCUUCCAGUAUGGUCUUCUGAUUCAAGCUCAAGGAAAGCUCUCACAGACCAAACGACUAUGCGUACUGGCCAGGAACUUGAUAUCACUGAACCUGCUAGUAGAGUGCCUUCUACUAGUGUGACCCCACUUCCUUUCUCUGUUAGGUCCUCAAGUAACCAUUCAGUGAAGAUCUCACCUCAUCCUACUCUACCUCCAUUGAAAUACUUCACUGACUCUACAAUCAGUAGGAAGUUUCACGCUCAUCGUCAAGUUGAAAUUCUGAAGACCAGCUUGUUUCCAUUUGCAUCUUCUCCCACAACUCAUAGUAUGUCUUCACCAUCAAUUUCCAUUGUUGGAACCCAUCCUGAUGCAAAACACUUCACACAAACUGAGAUCUUUCUGACUUCAGCCGUUCACUAUGGUGCAAGUAAGCGUUCCUUCCCGUCUAGCCAUGAUCUGCCAUCUACACUUACUUGGAUCAACUCUUCAGGCCAACUUUCCACAACUGAGUCCAUCACACAGUUGACUCAAAGGACCAACACAACAUAUGAUUACCUUUUGAGAAAUGCAAAUGUAUCUGUGAUGUCUCAUAGUCCCAAAGCAGAGUCUUCCAGUGAUGUGGCUAAUAGUAGUAUUUUCCAGUUGACCACAGAGACUGUUCCUCAUUCAUCUGAAACCGGGGUGUCAGAAUUCAGCCCUUCUCUUGUCACUGUCCAAACAGAUGCCGAUACAAUAGUUGUCAGCAUGGCUACAGAAGCUAACCUGUCUCUUGGAAAACAGAUUUCUCAUCCGAAAGAUGAUCUCAGAAGUCAAGCCAUGCUAACCCUACCUCCAGGUCUUGAUAAAACAAAAACACACGAGGCCUCCUCUGUAACAACUGAGGACACACUAAGCACUUCUUGGGCUACUGACAGAACCAAACUAGAAUUGAAGGACAUAAUUUCUCCUAAAGGAGAGGAACGUACUGAGCUUUCUGUUGGUCCUACACAUGAUGCCAGCUCAAAGGGUAAUAGCAUCAGUUUUGACCCAGACUUCAUAUAUAGGCAACCUUCAACUUCUGCUUCACUUGAUGUUGUGCAUUCUGGAACUGGGUAUGAUAUUCCUGUUCAACAAGAUGGUUCAUUGGAAGUUGUGACUACUACUCCUAGUUACUGGGAGUUGGUGGAGAUGGCCACAACUACUAUGGUGUCACCCAUCUUCUCUUCGGAGUUGCCACUUGCAGAGGCCACACCAACUCUAGAGUUGGCUUCUAGGUUCAUUUCUGAACAGGCCAAAGCUGAGCGUGUAGGUCAGCACCACAACUUGCAUCAGAGGUGGAGAGAUGCAACACUAUCUCCGCCAGAUCCCACUGACACAUCUAGGGUUCUGACAUCGGAGGAACCUACUGAGUUGUUGGGCCCAAAAAAGGAUAGCAAGGGUGUUGUGCACAUGCUUUUAGAAGGAGCAGGCACCACACUUGCAUCUCAUCCCUCCCAAGAUACAGUGGAACCCACUUCUCCUGGGAUGACACAUGAUGGUCUUCACACAGGAGGUUCUACAGCUAGUCCUCCAAUAGAGCUCUUCAGCAUAACAUCUCCUCAAUGGAAAGGUGACAUCUCCAUGCCUUUGCAUGCCACAGCUUCCCUUGCAGAGACUACAAAACCAGAGAGAACUUCUGUAGUGACAACCCAUGGGUCUGUAUCAAUGUACAUUACAUCACUUGACUCCUCUAGGACCAGCGUUUCGGAGCUAUCUUUGGAAAUGCACACUGGGGCUGCUGAAAAAGCUCGGGAAGAGCAGGAAGCGCUGGAGGUCACAACGCUGCCUAGGUUCUCAACUUCAGAAGAUCGUCAGCCUGACCCCAAAGCAGUGACAUCUUCUCCAGUAUCAACUAGUAUUAUAUACAGAAUAGCACCACCAAUUUUGCCUACAAAGGACCUUUAUAUUGACUCAGAUUCCUCCGCUGGAACAACUACGUUAAUAUAUAAUAAAUAUGUCGAUGCUUCUGCUGCAAUUACUUUACAAGAUGAUGGUACAACAACUGUGUAUAUUCCCAAAACAGAUUCUUCUGUCUAUCUGCCCAUUUCAGAGACUACUUCUGCCCCAGUUCAUCCCAUAUCUUCUGCCACAAUUGCUCUCCUGACCACCCCCAAAUUUCUUCCAACGUCAACGUUGACUUGCCUGAUGAGAACCAUCCCAUCUUCCUUCACUCCAUCUUCCGCUCAACUUUUCCCGACUUCCCAACCUCACUUGACCAAGAAGUUUUGGGUCUCCACCUUAGACCUAGGAGAUGUUAGGAAGGAGAAGUCCACUGUUGUGGUGGGAACCAAAGCCACCAGCACCAAGGAGAUCAGCACAAGGAUAGUAGUUGGUACUGAAGGGGUGACUGUGAUCCCAGGUGGUCACUCUUCAGAGCAACCAGAGUCCAAAGAUCCAUGGUUGAGUGAGGCAACAACAAAAGAGAGUCUGAUCUCCUUAAAAACUCCUUUGUUACUGGUUCCAGAGAUGCAUGUUCUACCACUGUCAUUUCGCCUCACUGGAAUGGAUUAUUUUGAAUCCUUGGAGAACAAGACCUCUGAAAGCUACAAGAAGUUGGCAAAAGAAGUACAGUUAACAGUAAAUAAGAUGCUAUCUACUUACGAGGGCUUCCUUCAAACAAACAUUCUUGGAUUCAUGAAUGGCUCUUUGGUUGUUAAGUGUGAAGCUGUAUUCCAGAGAAGGGUCCCAGUUCCCACACCUUCUGACGUCAUCCGUACAAUUGUCACAGAAGUAGAGACACGGGCAACGGACACUUUCUUUGAUUGGCGACUAGAUAUACAGUCCCUUCGUUCUAAUGGAUUCAACUUGAACAACCUAGAACCUGAGAAGUUGGCCAUAUCUUUCACUGCUCUAGAUUCUGGAGGAGCCUUGGGUGAUGUGAUGAAUUGGGACCAUCUGGUGACUCUGUUACUUGGAGCUCAUUAUACCGUGCGGAACAUCUCAUUUGUUGAAAGUGGAAACCUCCAGGGUGGCAUAGAUAUAAACGGAGAAGUCUGUAUCGAUACUGACAUUCAUGUUGAUGUUGGCUGGGCUCUAGAAGCACUGACAGAACUUUCGAAUUACUCAGUAGAUCUCACAUCUCUCUCCAUCAAUGGAUCACGGCUCAGCCUUCAAGUAUUCCCAAUUUCUUUCUUGGUGACCAACAGAGUAUACAAUGAGAAAAUGAUGGACCGUUCUUCUAUGGAGCAUCUCAACCUUGUGAGGGAUCUCUCUGGAGUGAUAAUGCAUGUAUUGAGCAAGUACAAAAAUCUCCUGCAAGUGGCAAUCCGAGAGAUCACAGGUGGCUCCUUGGUGUGUCGUGGAGAUGUGAUAUUCCAGCAUCCUGCCCCGACCAGCAAGGAUGUUCUCCAGACUCUUGCCCUUGCAGUUGGUCCAAAGGAUUACUUGGAUUCAUCUACCCUUCAGGUGGAUCCAUUCUCCUUUACCGUAGCAGGUGAUGGUUUGGAGCCACCCUUUCCCAGUUUAGGGAUUCCCGCCUAUGCUGUAGUCAUCCUGGCUGUGUUUGUCGUUGCGCUUAUUGUUCUUCCCAUCUUGGUUUUGCUGCCGAAGAUGCUUGGCCGGAAAGACAAGAUCAUCAUUAAUAGGUUGCGUGACCUUGAAGGGGGCAUUGAGUUGUUUGAACUGGAUAACCCAGCUUUCCGCCCCACUCUGGAAGAGGUUCAUUUGGACUGUCUGGACACACACAUGAUGAUGACGGACACUAGUACUUUCCAAGGACAACGGUUGGUUUGGCCAAGCAAAGCAUUCAGUGACGUCGAAACUAUGCCCCAUUCCAUCUGAGUUUGGUUCUUCACGUCCAGAUCGAGACCACAACCGUGUCUGAACCUUUGAGUUGCGGAAAAUGUGGAAAGGAGUUCUUUGGAGAUAUUUACCCACUCAUGCUGGUCUUGCACCCAACAUCCAUGAUGUCUUGUAACAUUAUACAUAUCUUGAAUUACAUUGGAAGAAGGAAAGAAGUAUCUGACUUUGGUGGUAGACAACUUCCAUAUUAAUGCAUUGGUGAAUAAGAGGAAACAUCUUAUCCGAUUAGGAAGUUAUUUUUUAUUGCAUGGAAAAGCAGAUUCUCGAACCCAGAGUGCAAGAAGACAGUUGGAUUCUGUGUGUUGCUGAAGGCUUUCAUGGCCAGGAUCACAAGGUUGUUGUAUGUUUUCCGGGCUGUAUGGCUAUGUUCCAGAAGUAUUCUCUCCUGAUGUUUCGCCCACAUCUGUGUCAAUACCUCACAACCUGUGAGGAUGCCUGCCAUAGAUGUGGGCGAAACGUCAGGAGAGAAUACUUCUGGAACAUGGCCAUAUAGCCCGGAAAACACACCACAACCCUGCAGUUGGAUUCUGUUCUAUCAAUAGUUUUAGAGGAGGUCAAUAUUGAGGUUUGGACUAUCCUGGAGAGGUCUUCGUCAUCCAGACCUUAUCAUCAUUUCAUACAGUGGUCUAUUUUUAUAUCUAGGUUGGAUCUUUUAAACGUGUCUUUAAAACACUUCUUAAAACUUUCUCUAGAGCAUAGGCAUUGCAAUUUUUUCAGAAUGGGUCUUGCUGGCAUUUAAAAUCAGCGAGGGGGUUUCGACUAUUUCGACCAUUCAGUUGUAGAGAGAGAACUUUUUAAGAGCUUGGAAGAAACCUUGGAUGUAAAUAUGUAGUAUUUGGGUGGGAGGCGUUGUUCUGUUUCUCGCUUGUUGCCAUGUUUUCGAAACACCGUGUUGUAUUAAAACGCAGUUCCGAAUAAAUUGUUCUGAAGAUUUUU